GUAGUUAAACACAGAAGUCACUCUAUGUGGGAGCAAGGAGUCCAGUGCAACAAUGAAGUCUCUCCGAUUCUUCAGUGCUGAAGCAUUCGUGUCAAAUGAAGAGUUCGCCAGAAAAAGUCUGAGUGGUGUUGCCCAUAACCUUUUUCCCCUUCUUUUUAAAGCCAGCUACUUAUUGGAGCAAGGGGAAAUGAUACAUAACUUGGUAAAGAAUUGGCCACUUGUUGACUUUAAUAUGGGAAAACUUUUGGGAAGUACUGAAGAUUACCAGGAAGACCUGAGCCAUCGAACAUGCUCAGUGUGCUUGGAAAGCUGUCUGACGGGGCUGAGGGACUAUGUACUGAAUCAUCCAUCUUCCCCUGUGAAAAGGCUGAAAUUGGUUGACCUUACGGGUAUGAAAGAUGUGGAAGUUCAGUUUUGUGACUGUAAGAAGACAAUGGGCAGGUGGGCGAGGACAAAACUGCUCUCUAAGAUUUGUUUAGAACUUCUGUUUUAUCUGCAACAAAGACAGUGUGAUCCACGUAUCUUUGAAAUCAGUAUUGAUGUCCUAAUUGAAUUGUUUGUUACAGAUUGGAACUACGAGAUGGUAGUGCAAGCCUUGUUGAAGAAAUGCUAUUGUCCACUGAAGAUCUGCUGUGUGGCACUCAGAUUUGACAACCUGUCUUUGCAGAAAUUCUUCUAUAUCAUAAAGCUCACUGACUCAUCUUUGUUGCGCAAACUGGAAAUAGUUCACAAUGUUCACUUGGAAAUGGAACACUUGGAAAAACUUCUCAACAAUAUUUACUUCCCUUUAUUGACUUCCUUGACUUUGCCUGCACGAACAUUUAACACACAAAGGUUCACAGCUACAGAUGAACAGAUGCUUAAUAACAUUGGAGAAAAAUUGGGUGAAAUGACACAGUUGACAGAGCUGAGUAUGUCCUUUUCCAUACUCACAGGAAGACUGCAGAAGCUUCUCAGCCCACUAAAAACUCCACUGAAGAUACUGGAUGUUUCUAACUGCUCAUUGAACCAUGCUGAUAUGUCUUAUUUAGCCAACAGCUUCCAUGCUGAUCACUUAGAAGCCCUGGACCUGAGUGGUCACAACAUACCUGACCUUUAUCCACCAACAUUCUUCAAGUUUCUCAGCCAUUUCUCUUCAAUGCUCAGAAGUCUUACAUUGGAGGACUGUAAUAUUCAAGACAGUCAUGUCAACAUGUUGAUUUUAGGUUUAAGGCCUUGUCAGAAACUGCAGGAGUUUAAGUUUCUUGGAAACCCACUGUCAUCACAAGCCCUUAAAUAUCUUUUCACAUUUCUUUGUGGGUUGCCAAGGCUGAAAAAUGUGGAGUUCCCAGUUCCAAAGGAUUGCUACCCUGUUGGCAUCACCUACCCAAUUGAUGAUGUGAAUCUCUGCAGAUUUGAUCACAAAAAGUAUGAAAGUAUUGCAGAGGAACUUAAUCUCAUUUUACUCCAGGCAAAUAGGGAGGAUAUAAAAGCUUCAACUCCACUCUUCGGCAGUUAUGAUGCAGCUAUUCAGGAGACGAAAAAUGAACUGGGAGCUUGCUUGAUCAAGUCCUUCAAAGAAACUUUAGAAAAGUUCACUACUUCUCUUAACAAAAUUAUUUAAAUGUGUAACACAGUUGUGAUGAGAUGCUUUAUCAAAUCAGAAGUUAAUUUACUAUUUUCUGGAACUGCACUUUCAUUGACUAGUCUUGAAUUUUCUUCCAUUUCUCAUCUGAAGUUUGAACAGCUUCUGCUUAUACGAUGUAUUUUAACUCCGAUAUAUUUACUUAGUAGCACACUACUUACAUAAGCAAUACUUGGUCUCAAAGGAGAGGAAGACCUGUAACAGCUUAUUAUUUUACACAAAAGUUCUUUGUUCCUGAUUAAAAUAAUAGCUGUCUAAGCUUGGCUGAUUUUUUUACACAUUUUUCUUUGGAUUUGUCGGUGAACUUAUGGCAUUACAGAAGAGGUAAUGAAGUUGUUUCGCAAAUCCAGCAAGAAGAUCCAAAGAGUGUGCACCUAUCCUCACCUAUGGUUCUCUAAAUCAAUUUUUAGUUUUGCCUUUGGCCUUAUGAGUUUACCAGUCUGUGUUUUAGGUGAGGAAUGUGUAACAGCCUCCAUGUCCCUGUGCCUCUCCUUCUUUUUCAAAGCCAAUCAUGAUUAACCUCUUUUUGCAUUGGAAAUUAAAGUUUGUGCAAUAUAUUGUGCUGGUAAGGAGUUAGUUUCCUUAAUAAGGAGACAGCAAACCAAAUGAGGACAGUGAGGAAUGACAAUGAGGAAUUCUCCCCACUUACCCAAGAUAUAUGACUGCAGUGAGGACUCAGUUAUAAGGGCUUUACUGAAACUUUUGCCAAGAUUAUUUAGAAGGAUACACAAGCACAGUGCUACACAGCCAUAUUUGAGACAUCAGCAGCUUAGGUGUAUCAAGCUGCUCCCUUUUUUGAAUCAGCUUCUUGGGUACUAGAAUAUACCCUGCUGCUUUCAUCUACUUUAAGGAAAGUCUAGGAUAGUGGCAAUAAUGCAGAAAGAAGGACUAGAAAAAUGCAUCCGAUGCAAAUUUACAAAAAAAUUUAAAAGGGACAAACAUUUUGCUGAGUAACUGGAGUUACAUAAAGUACUGGCCUCUUCCUCCAGUAUAGUGUAUUGCCCUGCUACAGAACUACUGCCAGUGCCUAGAUGAAUCACAUUUAUUUGGCAGGCUUCUGUGCAAGGCAUGUUUUUAAGUGGCAACAUAAAAAGAAUCCUAGAACCCUCCACACAUUGCUAACUAAUUUAAGACCGCUGCUGACAGCUUGUCAACUCUACUGAUCAAAGUGCUCGGAUGUAUUAGGUUGAUGCAAAAAUAGUUGCGAGAUUUAGUCAUCAGAUUUACAGCACAUGUAAUUUAAAAUGUAAUGUAAAAUUUACAUCUAAGCGGCACACCUCAGCUUAGCAUAAAACCUGUUAAUUGAAAUAAGAACCAUUAGAAUCUACACAUUUUUGAGAACAAGAAAUAAGUUUAUUUAUUCUAGUACCAUAUUUUAUGGAGCCCUAGAAAUGGUGAUGUUGAACUACUGCUUGCUUGUGGAAAAUCUUCUCCUGAAGGAAGUUGUUGAAAAUGUGGCACUUGGUGUGAGGGAGGUCUGACGAAUAAUGUGGAUGAGGCAGAGUUUCAUAAAACAGUGUGUGCAGAUUCUGCACAGGCAUUUGUGAAAAAUGCAGCUGGGUACUGUCAUGAUGAAGAACUGAUUGACUAAUGUUGGAUGCAAGUAUUUCAGUUCUUGGUGCAUUUUGUCAGUUUCCUGACAAUAUUUUUCUGCUCUGAUGGUUUCACCAGCUUUCAAAAAGUUGUAGUGCGUGAUUACCUGCCCCCAGACGGUGACCGUAAACAUCUUUUGAUACAGCUUCUGUUUGUGGACAUGUUUAAGUUGUUCAUCUCAGUCUGGCAACUGCAUAGUUCAUCUUAGUUCAGCCUAUAUAUAGAAUAAGUAUUUUCACUACCUAUGUGCGAUCAAUUAAUAGAUCAAUUUUGUUGUGCAGAAGAAGCACAGAGCAGACUUUGCAAUGACUUUUUUUUCCUUUUAUUUAUAAUUCAGUUCGUACAGCACUCAUUUCCAGUUUGGUGCAAUGUCAAACAAUCGUUGAAUGGUUAAUUUUUAUUUCUUCAGCCAACUCUCAAGUUGUUUUGUAUAGCUUUGCUUCAAUACUCGUCCUCAAUCAAAAGUUUUCUGAAAAAGGAUGUCCACGACCCUCCUCAUCUUCAAGGCUCUCAUUUCAUUAUGAAAUUUUCGGAAAAAAUGUCAAACUGUACUGUUAUUGACAGUCCCCUGGAAAAAGGCUGUAGAUUUCACAACACUUCCCAAACACAAAAGGGCUUUACAUACCCUUUUGAACUCAUAAAAAAUACAGAUUGUAUUUACUUGAUUUUAUCUUUUAUUUG